AUGGACGACUUGUUCGAGGGCUAUAUGGCGCUAGGUCCGAUUGGUGACUUUCUCGAAGAGAGUCCUCCGUUCAGAUCCACCAGAAAGUCUCCAAAAGUAUCAAGAGCUGAAGAACAUGUAUCAUCGGAAGAACAGACACAGCCACAGAGCGUUACUGCAUCGAGCGGGGAUCCUACGACAUUGAGUGCCUUACGACAGAGACGCGGCCAUACCAAAAGCCGCCUUGGCUGCCUUACUUGUAAGAAACGAAAGAUCAAGUACCCGUAUCUGAUGGACGCCAUGCUCGCCCUAGCCGGGUCCCACCUUGCGGUCCAAGUCGACAACCCAAAGACCAGCCUAGCAUUGCAACACCGACAGAAAGCCAUUGUUGGGCUUGAGGAUGCCUUUUCAAGAUGGCCCACCACUGCCGAGGAGUCCCAUGUGAUGCUUGCUGCAUCUUAUCUCCUAUCCUUCCAAUCUAGUUACAUGGAAGACGGCUUCCUGGAACACUUUCUCUCCCUCAGAGGAUGCUCAGUUCUCUCCCAGUUCAUCGUAAGCUCGGGAAACGGUGGCUUCCUCGCCGGACGUAGAAGCCUGGACUUUAUAGGCAUGGACAUGACAUUUCGGAACUUCCCGGAGAUAGACCAGGGGCUUAUCCGCGAGGCUCUACUAUCUCUACGGGACUUCUCAGACCUAAUGGCCGGACCUGAUGUGCACGACAUGGAAAAAGCACUAGUUGGCCAACUCGUGCAAACGCUCCGACAUCUGCUGUCUUCAGACACUGUGGAUUCAGGAAAUGACAAUACACUCCCAACACCCGGCCUCACAGAAGCAACGACGCUAUCACAAUCUACAUCACCAACAACAACAACGACAUGUUCUUUAGACUUGCUCGCCUUCACUAACCCACUAUUGCCGAUGAACCAAGAUUCCACCUUCCAACACAUCGACUGGUCUGCCAUCACUACACCACCUCCAGGCGCACCAAACCCCAUACCGUCAUUCAUAGCCUUCACGGCCAUCCUAACCAUCUUCUCUACUUGGCCACACAACGCCCUCGUCCACGUCUUCGAUCCAACAAACCAACUCGGCAACAUUGUCCUGGCACAUUUCUGCGCCAUACGGUUCGUCUUAUCACCAUUGUCCGUGCCCAAGAAUGCGUUGAGGACGCCUACAAAGGCUGUUGUGGAGUGGUUUGUUAAGAUCAUCGCGGCUGUUGACGAAGACGAGGGGGAUGGAGAGUGGUCGCGGUAUGUGGUGUGGCCGAGGAAGAUUUUGCAUUGUUUACAAGCGUGUGUUGAGAGAAAUAAGGGGUUUACGUUGGCGGAUGUUAGGGAUAUGUUGCUGUAUGAUCCGAGUGCGUUUAAAGAGGGUAGGGCACGCAGGUUUUGA